UCCAGCUAUUUCCAGCAACAGGGGUGAAAGUUUGACAGUUCACGUUGAUCAGGAGUUUGCGUUGCGGUUCUUGUUUCUUCAAAAGUUGUUUGUCAUUUUUGCUGAAGAGAUUUUGUUAGUUUACCGACUUUGAUUAAUUUAAAAUAGUAUUGAAAGAUGUUCCUGACCAGAUCCGAAUAUGACCGUGGUGUGAACACAUUCUCGCCGGAGGGACGUCUCUUUCAAGUAGAGUACGCGAUCGAAGCUAUUAAACUAGGCUCCACGGCCAUUGGGAUUUCUACCCAAGAAGGUGUUGUAAUGGCUGUAGAAAAACGCAUCACGUCACCUCUGAUGGAGCCGACGAAAGUCGAAAAAAUCGUUGAGGUCGAUCGACAUAUCGGUUGCGCCACCUCGGGUUUGAUGGCCGACGCUCGCACCCUGUUGGACCGGGCAAGGGUGGAGUGCCAGAAUCAUUGGUUCGUUUAUGACGAGCGAAUGUCCGUGGAGUCGUGUGCCCAGGCUGUGUCUAGUUUAGCAAUCCAAUUCGGUGACAGUGACGAUACGGGUUCGGCUAUGAGUCGCCCGUUCGGGGUGGCCAUUUUGUUUGCCGGCAUCGAGAACGGAGAGCCCCAGCUGUGGCACAUGGAUCCCUCGGGAACGUAUAUCCGUUAUGAUGCCAAGGCAAUUGGAUCUGGCAGCGAAGGAGCGCAGCAGAAUCUACAGGAAUACUACCUCCAGACAAUGACCAUCAAAGAAGCUAUCAAUUUAGCUCUCAGCACUUUGAAGCAAGUAAUGGAAGAAAAACUCAAUUCCACCAACGUUGAAGUAAUGACUAUGACUCCAGGUGGCCUUUUCCGGAUGUUCACCAAAGAGGAAGUCGAAGAAUACAUUAAUAAUAUGAGCUAAAUGCACUGAUAUGAUUAGUCCGUGGCGGUGAAUAAAUUUUGGAAAUGUUAAUUUACGGAUAAUACGCAGCAAGAGAA